AUGCAGCGCUACUCGGUCGUUGUCAGCGACACAGGUUGGCCAGAGCCUCUUAAGCUCCUUGUGCCCUUCCAAUCUUCUGCCCACUCGGCCGCUCUGGUCACCGAGAUCAUCAAGCGCGCCACUCGCUAUGGUAAGACUCUCGUGGCCGCCAACUGCAUUCUGCGCCUGGCCAGUGUUGAUGGUCCCAUCCUCGACCCUGACGACACUUUGGCCGACUUGGUCGUUGACGAACAGCUCUUUGCCAUCUUCAAUGCUGCCAGCCAUGGAACCUCGACUCAGCCCAAGGACGUCACCAUGACUGGAGUCCAGAACGAUGCAGCCGGCGCCCAGCAGUCUCUUACCACCCGCAAUGCCAUUCCCAUCCGCAUUAUCACUCCCGCUAUUGCCAAGCUGAUGACCAAGGACCCAAAGGCUUUGCCUUCCCCUGCCUUCAGCCUUCCUGCCACAGCAAAGCUCAAGCAGCUCCACAACGACGCUGUCCGCCAUCUCAGCAACAAUCCUCCCGACUGGUUGGAUGCUGCAUCAAUCCUCGACCUUCACAUCUACCAACUGCCUAUUGCUCCGUCUUGCUUGGAAUUGACUCUUGAAGAGAUGGGCCUCGUCUCGUGUCUCAAGGAUGACAUCCUCACCAUCUACGCUGUGCCACGCCCUGCUUCGACCAUUCGCUCGCCCGAGCCUACUGGCAGAGUCGGCAAGAAUGAUUUCUACUCUACCGGCCCUCAGUGGCAACCCGAGGUGCCGCAGUCUGAUCGUGGUGUCGCCAUGUUCUUGUCGUCCCUCAGAGUCUUCUCUCAACUGUUGAAGAGCAACUCGAUCUCAGAUGAGCACAGAGAGAGGGUUGUCUACGUCUUCGAUCUUCAGUGCUCAUUCCCGCCCGCUGUGCGUGCUUUGCACUUGUUGAUUCAGGGGCGCACCAUCUCUCAUUUGGCCACUGCUGCACUGAGCCAAGCCUUCUUUUGCAUUCUUGAAGACCUGGGCCACAAGAAGCUGAUCAAGAACGACAACACUAGACUUUUUGAGGGAACCCGCCUUGUUCUCGGUCUCAUCAUGGAGAAGGCCAACCAGCUCAAGUCCACCGAAAUCGACGUGCCUGCUUAUUCAUCCCAGAUCCACAAGGUGCAAUUCCAGGCUUCUGGAGAGGGAGCAUAUUCCGAUCUCAUGCCUGUAGACGGUGACCGCCACCGCCCUACCACCUCAAUCUAUGCACAGCCGGAUACUGGUUCGGGACAGCUGAACCUGGAGCUGUUGUCAGAGUCCGAGCAGGAUACUUAUAUCUUCAACUCUGCCGACGACCUCUUUGCGCGCGUCCAGGCUCUACAGGAAGUUGUCAGUCCCGGCGACCUUCGCAACUUGCACCAGCUCGCCAAUCUUUGCGGCAAGGUCUCUCUGUCAGUGAUCAGACCCUCUCUUCUGUCGUCGGUUGCACCGGAGCACUUGACGUUCGACUCGCAGGGACAUCUCGCUGUCUACACUGGCAAAGCUGGUUGUGCCGCUCCUGGUCGAGAUACUGUCAUCUUCCGUCCCAUGCACGGCGAAGAAACCCCAAACAUAGGCCAGGUCGAGCAGCUUCUUGCUCCGAUCCUUCAGACCUACGAACAAGAUGGCACCAACGUCUUUGAUGUGCUUGGUUCCUCUCAGACCCGUGCCCAUGAGCAGCCUGAUGAGAUAGUCAUGUUUGCUGUGGACUGCAGUGCCAGUAUGUCGUCGGCUACCGAUCUUUUGGGUAUCGACACUAGUGCAGACAUCCCACAAGAACAGGAUACCCCUCAGAUCUCUCCUCAAGUCUACAAUCGUGUUGAACUCGAAGACACAAAGAAGUCUCUUUCCGAACACGAAGUCUACGAUGAUAUAGUGGGCUCCGUUGUCGACUCCAUUAAUGGCCAGAAAUCCAAUGUCGCAGCCAAGAUGCUGACUCUGCUUUAUGACAUGCUCAAGGACGACUUGGCAAAGCUCCACAAGGAACCUGUCUUUGGUACAUAUCAACGCGUCAACAACAACAUCAAGAUCGACAAGCUUGAGCUCUUCGCCGCUGGUGUCAGACGCUUUGAACAGGAACUCAUCGACAUGAUCGUUCUUCGCGCAAUGGCCGAAUCUCCAAAGAAGUGGACAUGGGAACUCGAUGAAGAUAUCCCUGGACGGGCACAGUUGCCGCCUCUUCCUAACGAAGUCACCCUCAUUCCUGCCGCUCUCAAGUGUCCCAUCAAGCUUGAUCUCAUCCAAGAUCCUGUCGUAGCAGCUGACGGUCAAGUCUAUGGUCGUCAAGCCAUAGCCAAGUGGAUGACCAUCAGACGCUCGUCGCCACUGACUGGUCUGAUGCUCGAGGACACUGAACUCAUCCCUCACCUUGAACUGGCCGAGCAAGCAGACAAAUGGCUCCAAGCCGAGGACCUCGUUGAGCCUGAGGAGCGCCCACUGAACAAGCGCCGCCGCACCUCACACCAUCAUAACACGAUCACGUUCUCGAGCUCUUCCCAUCAGUUCUCAAGAAUUUUCCUGCCCACUACGACCCUGCUUGACUUGUACAAGAUCGUAUUCCGUGCCAUGAGAGGUCGCUACAACUCUUUCCAAUUGAAGUUCAAUGGCAUUCUUCAGCCAUCCUCGAAUACCAUCUCAUCCUUGGGCAUCACUGGCGGUAGUGCUAUCACCAUCGUUCUGCCUGACGAUACCAACACGAUUCAGAGCGGAACCGCAUCCCUUUCUCUGAUCAAGGUUUACUCGAGUGGGAGCUACGAUGUCCCUGAGUUUUCUUUCUGGGUUCCCACGGAUACCAAAGUGUCUUUCAGAUCUCUCACCAUUAAAUGGUGGCGCUAUCAGUGGACAGAGAUGCCUUGGCUUAGCUAUAAGAAGCAGGAGAUCUGGACAGACCUCAGAAGCAAUGGCGAUAACCGCUAUGUUGGUAAUGUUGCUGAGGAUCAUGAGUCGCUUCGCAGCUAUCUCACCCCUCUCCAUGCUUUCGGAAAACUUGGAUAUGAGUCUGUCUACAAGGCUGAGUCCAGAAGCUCAUCUGAUGAUGAAGAAGAUGAUAGCGACGAGGAUCGUGAGCAUAAGUUCAAGCCUCUUGUUUUGAAGGCGAAAUUUUCUGAAGCCGCCGGCCAUGAAAAGAGAAAGCGUUCUUUGUCCCGCAUUCAAGUCUUGAAGCAGAUGUUUGAGGCUAUGAUUAACCGCAUGAUUGCCUACUCUUACAAGACCCACGUCGGCUUGGUCACGUUCGAUUCGACUGCAAAGGUGUCGCAGUCAAUCACUCACGUCAUCGAGAACUUCAGAAGGAGUGUGGACAAAAUGUAUACGAAAGGUGAUACCGCGCUCUGGGACGGGAUCAAGCUUGCUCAGACUGAGAUUAUGAAGCACGCGGAGAAGUAUCCCCAAGCACAACGUCGCAUUAUCUGUCUCUCUGACGGCAACGACACCAAGUCUGAUGCCGGACCAGCCGAAUUGUGCUGGGAGCUUCGCGGAAACAAGAUCGCUGUCGAUUCGGUUUGCAUUGGACAUGAUGACAACAUGGACCUGAAAGCACUCUCAGUCAUGCUCAACUCUUACUGUUUCUACCCCAGAGAUCUCACCACUGCGUUGGCCAUUUGUGAGAUGGAACCCGUCUUGUCGCUGACCGAGCGUCCACAAGCUAACUCCACUGCUGUUGCUGGUGUCAACCGCACCUCGGCUUUGAAUGACUUCUACAGCAUCCGGUACGGUGCUACGUUCACUGUCGUCUCCCAAGACGUCUUCCCUAGACGCAAGGAGCACCCCAACCUCGGGGACGAUUUCAUCGAGUUGGCCAAUUGUGUCCGAUCCGCCAACGCCCGCGCUCAAUCCAAUCUACCUAACUUGAGAGCAUCCCGCCUGCUUGUGGAGAUGCGUAACAUGGCUACCGAUCCUCAUCCGAUGUAUGAUUGUUACGUCUCUGAGGCUGACAUGUUCUUCUGGAAGAUUGUUAUCGAGNGGUACUGCAGCUUCUUACUGUACCUGGGAAUGCCUGAGAACUUCCCUGCCUUCNCCNCCAAAGGCCGUUUCGUGACUCCAAUCUUCCAUCCCAACAUUAAUCGCCAUGGCCGUAUCUGCCACAGCAUCUUUGACCGUGACUGGACCACCGACACCACUCUUAAGAGUGUUCUUGACACUGUUUACGGUCUUCUCCUCCAAGCUGAAGCUGGUGAUGCUGUACACACCACUGUCACCCUCGGCUUUCACCAUGACGAAGUUUCUUUCGCAGACGAAGCUCGUCGCCACGCCAACAAGCACGGCAGCAAGACUCGCGAGGAGUGGAGAUACGAGUUGCUCGACCUUGAUGAAGAUGACGAGAAUGACGACGAUGAGGAUGAAGAAGAUGGAGACGAGGUGAUGUGAUUGCUCAAAUACCACAUUCGCAUCCAAGGAUCGACGAGUGUCAAGAAG